ACAACCACAACGUACGAGAAGCAGCAGCUAUACGACGAGAUAUAUCGAGUAGCUAGCUUAGAGCUCAUCGUCGCUGCUCGCUCGCUCUCAUCCGGCCGGCCGGCGGAUCCACCAUAUCAUAUAUAUAUAUAUAUACACCUGCAGCAGGCAGAGGCCUAUCGAUCGACUUGCUGCUUGCUUGGCAUAAAUCCAUGCAUUCCAUGUCGUCGUCGUCGAUGGCGCCCUGCACCAUGAUCAUGGCGAGCGUUGCAGCUGUGCUCGUCGUCCUUUCGUCGGCUGCCGCCGCAGGGCUGGACAUGGAUUUCUACAGCAGCACGUGCCCGCGCGUGGAGGCCAUCGUCAAGGAGGAGAUGACGGAGAUCCUCAAGGUGUCGCCGACGCUCGCCGGCCCGCUGCUCCGCCUCCAUUUCCACGACUGCUUCGUCAGGGGCUGCGACGGCUCCGUGCUACUGGACUCGACCCCUAGCAGCACGUCGGAGAAGGACGCGACCCCGAACCUCACCCUGCGGGGCUUCGGCUCCGUGCAGCGCGUCAAGGACAAGCUAGAGCAGGCGUGCCCGGGCACCGUCUCGUGCGCCGAUGUCCUGGCGCUCAUGGCGCGCGACGCCGUCGUGCUUGCCAACGGCCCGUCCUGGCCCGUCGCGCUGGGCCGCCGCGACGGCCGCGUCUCCAUCUCCAACGAGACCAACCAGCUUCCCCCGCCCACCGCCAACUUCACCCGCCUCGUCCAGAUGUUCGCCGCCAAGGGCCUCUCCGUCAAGGACCUCGUCGUGCUCUCCGGCGGCCACACCCUCGGCACCGCGCACUGCAACCUCUUCAGCGACCGCCUCUACAACUUCACGGGCGCCAACAACCUCGCCGACGUCGACCCGGCGCUCGACGCCACCUACCUCGCCCGCCUCAGGUCCAGGUGCCGGAGCCUCGCCGACAACACCACGCUCAACGAGAUGGACCCCGGCAGCUUCCUCAGCUUCGACGCCAGCUACUACCGCCUCGUCGCAAAGCGCCGGGGACUCUUCCACUCCGACGCCGCGCUGCUCACCGACCCGGCCACCAGGGCCUACGUCCAGCGCCAGGCCACGGGACUCUUCGCCGCCGAGUUCUUCCGCGACUUCGCCGACUCCAUGGUCAAGAUGUCCACCAUCGACGUGCUCACCGGCGCGCAGGGAGAGAUCAGAAACAAAUGCUACCUCGUCAACUGAUCGACCCCCGGCCUGUGCCGCCACUGCAUGCCUGCUGGUUUUGACGAUCCACGACGACGAUGAUGCUUUCAGCACUUAAUUGCGUAUCGAUCCGUUGGUUGAUUCAAUUAUUAUAUUCGUUGCUUACUUUACACUUGGUUAAUCUUAAACUGUGUGACUUUUUUUAAAAGUUGAUGGAUCCAUGGAUCUUAAACUGAUGUACGUAGAGUGAUGAUCGAGUGCCUUUUAAGUUUAUUAAUUCUUGGUGGUUUUUUUUUUCUUCACUUUUUUCCUCUCGAUCUUGUGCAUGCAUGCAUGGUUCAAAUCCAUGAUGAUGAUGUAAUAUAUAUAAUAACGACAGUCAAGUCAAUAAACAAACAAUAUAUCAUAUAUAA